AGCCGCUUUCGCGUUUAGUUUGAUCGUAGUAAUCGGUGCGAACGGGCGGUACCAAACACAUUACACCGGGAACACCUCCUGCGGCGUUUUAUACUCAAAACAGAGAUCAAGUGCACGCGAGUCUUUUUCCUGUGGACUCUUGAGUAAUUAAAGGCGGAAACGUCAAACAUCCUAAACAGUAUUUCCGAUCGUGUCGAACCGAUUCGAGUGAUAGUUAGUUUCAGUGUGUAGUAAAAGCAGUUAAUUGCAGCAGAUUGAAAUGGCGCCCCGCAACAAGCAACAGGAACAGGAGGUCCUGGACUGGAUCAGUGCCGUGCUGGGCGAAAAGCUACCGGCCGGUGCCUACGAGGACGUACUCAAAGACGGCGUCGUACUGUGCAAGCUGGCCAACAAGCUGACUCCCGGUGCAAUUAAAAAGAUCCAGGAACGUGGCACCAACUUCCAGCUGAUGGAAAACGUUCAACGGUUCCAGGCCGCCAUCAAGAAGUACGGCGUCCCGGAGGAGGAAAUCUUCCAAACGGCGGAUCUGUUCGAACGCCGCAACAUCCCCCAGGUCACGCUGUGCCUGUACUCGCUGGGACGGAUUACCCAAAAGCACCCCGAGUACACCGGUCCCGCUCUAGGGCCCAAGAUGGCCGAGAAGAACGAACGUACCUUCACCGAGGAGCAGCUGCGAGCCCACGAGGGUGAACUGAACCUUCAGAUGGGCUACAACAAGGGUGCCUCCCAGGCCGGCGUCGGUGCGUUCGGAAACACACGUCACAUGUAGAUUUGUGUUUGAACGCACGCAUCAUCAAUAGCAGGCGUUGCUCGGUUGUCAUUUUCAUUCACUCAUCAUCACUAUUUUUGAGCGAUGCGUUCGUAAAUAUGUGUCACAUGAUUUUCGUUUGCGUGAUGGAACUCUUGCAUUUAGCAGACGGGGGAAAAUCUCGGUUGAAACUAUUUUCGUGAACAAAAUCUUUUGACGUGCUAUUUCAACUUGCAAAAAAAACCGGAUCGAAACAAUUUUCAAUUCGAACGAGAUUUAUUUAUUUUUCCAAAAAUCUCGGAUUUUCAACUGCAGAAGAAAAAAACACACGAACGCGAAUGUUAAUUUGCAGUCACUGCUAUUUUUAGAGGGGUUCAACAUGCAUCUGACGCUGGUUUCCGUUCAUUCUACCCACGCACAAUGUUAUACAAACUUGCGAACGAACACAAGUAAACAAAUUGUGUGAGUUUGUUUUCAUUUUCGCCUCUUGGUUUUGUGCGUCCCGUUACAUCUUAACUUCACCGCAUUUGAUCGACAAGGAAAACUCAUUUUCGCUUUCACUAUACUUAGGACUAUAGUUGUGUAAUUUCGCUACGGAUGUUACUGUGACUUUCUCAUGCUUUGUCGUUAUUAUUUAUUAUUAUUUUUAGGUUGAGAAAAUAAAGUGUUUAUACUGAACUGUGAAAAA